AAAAAAAAGAACCAACUCUCUUCAAAAAACCGACCGCCCGCUCGCCUUUCUCGCUCAUAUCGCCUUCCGCCGCAUCAGUAAUCCCUCCAGAAGCCCCUCCUCCCGUAUCUCCAGCCGCAUCAGCCAUGGACUUUGAUCCCACCCUCAAGCUCUCAACCGUGAUCGACCAGGGUCGAUUGCGCCUCCUCUCCAUUCUGGGCUCGGGCUCCUUCGCCAUCGUCUACCUCGCCGAGGACACCGAGACCCGCAAGCGCUAUGCCGUCAAGUGCCUCUACAAGGAGGGCCUGACCAAGGAGCAGCUCUCUCUCCAGCGCCAAGAAAUCGACUUUAUGCAAACCGUCGGUCGCCACCCCAGCAUUGCCCAGAUGAUCCGCACCAUCGACGAUGUCGACUGCCUCUACCUCGUCCUCGAGUACUGCGCCACCGAUCUCUACGAGGUCAUUUCGGACUUUGGCCCGCUCGAUCCUGCCGUCGUCAAGUCCAUCUUUGAGCAGCUCGCCAGCGCUCUGCUCUACUGCCAUUCGCGCGGCAUCUACCACCGCGACAUCAAGCCCGAAAACGUCCUCGUCGUCGACCCCGUCCGAAACCACUACGACGACAUGUCGGUCCGUCUCACGGAUUUUGGACUGGCUGCCACCGAAAAGUACCAGACCGACAUUG